CAAACAGACGUUCUCAUUUUGUGAUUGCUGUGAGCUGUUACCAUUAAUAUUGAAGACUUUAUUUGUCUUAAAAUGAAAAGAGUGAUUACAAUGAUAUUUUUCUUGCUCUUAGCUCCAAAGACAUUGUACACCUUCAACAUUGAUACCAGAUUUAAGGCAUUGUUUCAAAAUAAAAGCAAUGUACUCUUUGGACAGAAAGUUGUUCAAUACGAUCAUAGUGAAAAUAGUGGGAUAUUGGUCAGCUCUCCUCUAUAUACCAAUGACAACAGACAUUAUGGGAGAAUAGAGAAAUGUGAUCUAAAAAGAAAAUCAUGUGAAUCUAUCAAACUCCCAGAGACUGAGAAAUUACACAGUGGACCUGGAUUCACCAUGGCUACAAGCAUAUUCCGUUCACAAUUCUUGAUCUGUCAGCAACAACGAAAAUGGCUACAAAAGAAUACUGAAGAUUUGAAUGGAAUUUGCACUGUCCUCUCUUCAGAACUUAAGGAAAGUUAUAUAUUUGAAGCUUCCUCAUUGGGCAAAUCACACAACAACAACAACAACAACAACAACAACAACAACAACGACGACGAUGACGACGAAUUUCCAGGCACAGAGAUUGCAAUUGUUCUGGAUGGAUCAGGAAGCAUUGAGAAGGAGGAUUUUGAAAUAGCAAAAGAAUUUGUUAUAAACAUAACAAGAAAUAUUUGGAAAAAAUGCUUUGAGUGUGAAUUUGCAUUGGUUCAGUAUGGAAAAGAAAUUGAAACAGUAUUCGAUUUGAAGGACAGUCAAAAAUUGAGUUCUGGAAUUUUCCCAAUUGUGAGAAAUAUGACUCAGUUGGGUAAAGUCACAAAGACAGCCUCUGCAAUACAGCAUGUUCUAGACAAUAUCUUCAAUGAAAGUACAGGCUCCAAAAAAAAUGCGAAACAGUUUAUCAUUGUGGUAACAGAUGGCGAUAUAUUCCAAGAUGAGUUAAACCUGACCGACGUAAUCCGCUCAACUAAAAUCGCUAAUGUGACACGGAUUGCUGUUGGGGUUGGUAAAAGCUUUAGCAAGCCAAAAGCAAUGAAUGAGCUAAAGCUAAUCGCGACUGAUCCAGAUGACAAACAUUUAUUCCAAGUGGGUAACUAUUCUGCUUUAGAUGGUCUACUGGCAGAUCUGGAGGAAAAUAUAGUUGGAAUUGAAGGUACUCAAGGUGCAAAUGUAAGUGCCUUUCACAUGGAGCUGGCACAAAUCGGAUUUGCUGCAGAUUACUCUAGUGAUGACAAUAUUUUGCUUGGUGCUGUGGGAGCUUAUGAUUGGACUGGAGGAGUAAUGAUAUACAACAAAGAUAAAGGAGUAAAGCAGUUUCUGAAUGAAUCCAAAGGAAUGUUUUCAGCUGCUUACGGUUAUCUUGGGUACAGUGUAACUGGAGCAAAAACAAAAAGUGAACAACACCUUUACAUUGCUGGGGCUCCUCGGCAUAGCCAGAUAGGUCAAGUUGUAGUAUUUGAAGCCGGAACAUCUGUCAAAAUAAAACAACGUAUUUCUGGAAAACAGCUGGGAUCAUACUUUGGCUCAGAGUUGUGUCCCCUUGAUGUAGAUGGAGAUCUUGUAACGGAUUUUCUGCUUGUUGGUGCUCCAUUCUUUCACAUACAUGGGGAGGAAGGUGCUGUUUAUGUUUACCAUCUGAAUGAAAAGGGUAUCUUCGAUGAUGAGAUGCGUUUGAUGGGAGAAGUCGGUAAUUCCAAUGCCAGAUUUGGGUUUGCUAUUGCAAACAUAGGUGACAUUAACAAAGAUGAUCACAAUGAUAUAGCUAUCGGAGCUCCAGUGGAAGAAGAUCAUUGUGGCAGCAUCUAUAUAUUCAAUGGUAAAAGGAAUGGCAUCCACAAAACUUAUUCCCAGCAAAUAAAGGGGAAGGAUGUAAUGACUGGUCUGCAGUACUUUGGACAAUCAAUAGAUGGCACAACAGAUGUGGAUGCAGAUGGGCUACUUGAUAUAACAGUCAGUGCAAAGGACAAUGUUGUGGUGCUCAGCUCAAGACCAGUUAUCAACAUCAAGGUGGCUGCCAGUUUUUUUCCAGAGAUGGUGCCUCUAUCUUUUGCAACCUCUUCUGAGCAGAAGAAAAUUAUUCGAGUUCAUGUCUGUUUUAAUGCUGAAUCAAAUUUUGGAUCAUUAGAUUUGAAGAAUUCUUUUGUUAAUUACACCAUCAACCUGGACACAAAACAAAAAAACAAAAGGGUAAUGUUUACAAAAAGUGAUGGAACUCCUGGCACCAUGUCUGAUUCUGUGAGGAUUUCAGAAGAAGCUUGUAGGAACCAUUCAAUCACUGUGCAGCAUUGUACCAUUGAUUGCGUCUCUGCCAUUGAUAUAGAAGUCAAUUAUAAGCUAUACAACAGUGAAGAAAAUGCUCAACUACCCUUACCAGUUCUUGACAAAUUUACUAAUCCUUCAACAGCUUUUCAGCUCCAAUUUAAGAAGGACUGUGGCUCUGAUAACAUUUGUGAUGCAAAUCUCAUUUUGGAAUGCAGUUUUCCAUAUAAUUUUACGUGGAUUGUUGGCAAGAUAAAAGAAUUGAGUUUAAACAUCUCUCUGAAUAAUACUGGAGAAGAUUCGUAUCUCACCACUAUGUACCUUUGCUAUCCAACAAACUUUUACUUCAAGGAGAUUUCAAAGUCUGAGUCUUCUUCAUUCAUUGGUGUGAAGUGUACAGAUCAAGGAACAGCAAACUCCUUGUCAUUCUUAAAUUGUGAGAUUUCCCAUCCAGUCUUCAAGAGGACUUCACAGGCGAUGCUAACUAUUUCUUGGGAUCUUGCAACCGUUCCAUUUAAGGAGGAAUAUGCAGCCAUCAGCAUCAACGUCAGCAACAAAAAUGGAGAUGGAGAUCUUGCUCAAUGGACCCACAAUAUUCCCAUGAGGCAUGGUUUGAGUGUGUUCCUGAAACCACUAAAUCAAAUAACCAAGAUUGACAUCAACAAUGAUGAUGAGAAUAGACAUGUAACAUUUCAUUUCCAGGUUACGAUGGACAACCCUUACAAUGCUACAAUAAACCUAACCAUAUCAAUCCCAAUUAAAGUACGGGGUCAAGAAAUUCUCAAGCUGCAUCAGGAAAGUUUGAAAGGUUGUUGGAAAACACAGAACAUCCUAAACAGCAACAUAAUACAACAAGAAAAAGAUAAAUGGGACUGUGACUUGGAAGGAUGCGAAUGCCAAUAUUUUGAGUGCAUGCUCACAGACUCAAACCAAGAUAUCAUUGUAAAAGCAAAUUUAGCAACAGACAAUUUAAAACAGCUUGUAAAGGACAGGGCUGAUAUUGUGGUCUCUGGAAAUGUCGUAUUUGAUGGAAAAUUAUAUCAGGAAACAUCUGAUGCUGAAAACAAAGGUCACAAUGUUAAGAUACAUGUGAAUGUUGUAAAUACUCCAGUCUUUAAUGCUGUCCCACUGGUGGUUGGGAGCUCAGCUGGUGGAAUCCUGCUUCUAUUCCUGAUGAUUUUCAUUCUCUACAAAUGUGGCUUUUUUAAACGAAGUUACAAGGACAAGAUUGAUGAAGAAAUAGAUGAAGAAAUUGAAAAGUGAACAAUGAAAAUGAGGGAACAUUUCACUUUAAAGGAUGAUUCAUUCAGAGCAAGGAUUUGUUGAGUUGAAU